AGGAGGGAACUACUUGGCCAACUGUUAAGUCGAAAUUACCGAUCUUCUUGCCUUCUUUAUUUCUCAUCUUGCAAACUGUGUCUCAAUCUCCCUAUCAACAUGACUACAAACGCUUCUCCCUCCAUAUAAAUUAAACCUUGAACAAAACUCAACACUCAAGAAGUUGAAGCUCAGAAUCAAAAUCAUGAACACCAACAUGAACAUGAGGCUUAAAUCUGCGGAAAUCUGUUUGAUAUUAGCAUUUAUUCUCAGCUUCAUCCGCCACGUAUCCACUCUGUCAAUAAAUGUAAACGAAGUAGAAUGUGUGUACGAAGAAAUCAUGCACGAAGGCGAUAAGGUUUCAGGGAGUUUCGUCGUCAUCGAUCAUGAUAUAUUCUGGAGCUCUGAUCAUCCCGGAAUUGACAUGACUGUGACAUCUCCGGCGGGCCACGAUGUGUACAGUCUGAAGGGAACAUCGGGGGACAAAUUCGAAUUCAAAGCGAUCUAUAGUGGGAUGUACCAGUUCUGUUUUCAUAAUCCCAUUUCAACACCGGAAGUUGUUUCUUUCCACAUUCAUGUGGGUCAUAUCCCCAAUGAGCAGGAUUUGGCAAAAGACGAGCAUUUGGACCCGAUUUAUAUUAAGAUUGCGGAGCUAAGGGAGGCGUUGGAGUCUGUCACUGCAGACCAAAAAUACUUGAAAGCAAGGGAUGCGCGACAUCGACACACGAAUUUGAGCACCCGGAAACGCGUAAUUUUCUACACAAUCUCAGAGUAUUUCUUGUUGGCUGGUGCGAGUACACUUCAAGUGAUGUACAUUCGACGCUUGUUCAGCAACUCAGGUUAUGCAAGAGUUUGAUUUUAAUUUAAAUUUAGGGAGGUAAUGAAAAUGUUAAUGAUUUUGACAACAUUAAGUUAAUAAUUUUGUGGCAGUUUUAUUCUAUUUUUUAUUUAAAAAAUUUAUCAAAUACCCACUUAAGCAAUGUUUCACAUGAUAAACUUAAUGAAUGAGAGUGAUUGUUUGGCUGGGGCAUAAUUACCA